CCCGCGCUCACACGUGUUCUCCCUGGGUGCAAUCUGCUGCCCUCUGAACCCCACCCAGCAGCUAGGUGCCUAGUCCGGAUCUAUCUGCCCAGAAGCCCUCCUGAUGUUCCCUAUCCACCUGGCCCUUGGGGUGUGCAGAGUGCGGGCAGCGGGGCCGGCGGGACGCCCCUGGAGCUCUCGCCCCCGCCCCGCCCCUCCGCGGAGCCCCACAGGCUGCGCCUGUGCCGCUCAGACUCGCGCCCCGAGCGCAGGCAGGCGGGCGGGCGCGCAGCUCCGCUCCGCGCCAUCCCCGACUCUGUUCAUUCAUGAUUGGUACUCGGCCCCCCGAGACCCAACCCAAGCGCCGGGUGCAGAGCAGAGUGUGCGGCAGUAGGGGGUGCGGACACGGCUCCCGCACCGCACGCGGCGCGGGCUCGGCAGCCUUGGCCGGGCAGGCGCUCCGGCCCCGUGUCGAGCGCCAGGCAGGCUUCCGGGCUUGGUUCUCGGCCCCUAGCAAGGGCGCGGGCCCGGCUGGGAUCUGGCGUUGGGGUGCAGUGGCUGAGGUUCGCCGGAGCAGCGGGCCCUGUGAGUCAGUGCAUGUGCAGGGCUGAGGGCAGAAGCGAGAAGCCUCCCGGCGCCCCAGCCCCACGCUCGCUGAAUACCAACCUGCAGGCGAGCUGCCAGAGCUCUUUGCUUUUUUCCUCCUCCAAUUCGGAGUAGAGGAUUCACACUGAAUCUUCAGGGGAGGGGAGCGGCAGGGUCCAGGGUCCCAAGUCGCGUCCAAGUCUUCGCUGCCAUGGGGGCUGUCAUGGGCACCUUCUCAUCUCUGCAAACCAAACAAAGGCGACCCUCUAAAGGUAAGUCAGGUGCAAGCAGUCGGGAGGGCUGUGUGGUGAUGACACACUUGCCAGUUUGGGAGCAAAAGCCAUCACAAUAAGAUUGAAGAUGAGCUGGAGAUGACCAUGGUUUGCCACCGACCUGAGGGACUGGAGCAACUUGAGGCCCAGACCAACUUCACCAAGAGAGAGCUGCAAGUCCUUUAUCGUGGCUUCAAAAAUGAGUGUCCCAGUGGUGCAGUCAACGAAGAAACAUUCAAGCAGAUCUACGCUCAGUUUUUCCCUCAUGGAGAUGCCAGCACCUAUGCCCAUUACCUCUUCAAUGCCUUUGACACCACCCAGACAGGCUCCGUGAAAUUCGAGGAUUUUGUAACUGCUCUGUCAAUUUUACUGAGAGGAACGGUCCAUGAGAAACUAAGGUGGACAUUUAAUUUGUAUGACAUCAAUAAAGACGGAUACAUAAACAAAGAGGAAAUGAUGGACAUUGUCAAAGCCAUCUAUGACAUGAUGGGGAAAUACACAUAUCCUGUGCUCAAAGAGGAUACUCCACGGCAGCACGUGGAUGUUUUCUUCCAGAAAAUGGACAAAAACAAAGAUGGCAUUGUGACUUUAGAUGAGUUUCUUGAGUCCUGUCAGGAGGAUGACAACAUCAUGAGGUCUCUCCAGCUGUUCCAAAAUGUCAUGUAACUGGGGACACUCAGCCACCCAGCUCUCAGAGACAUUGUAUGAUUUUGUUCUGAUUUUACACACCAAUUCUUGGGACAGAAACACCUUUUACAUUUUGGAAGAAUUUCCCGCUGAAGACUUUCUAUGAAACCCAGCAUCUAAUGGCUCAAUCUCUGAUCGCCAACUCUUCCUUCUGCCUCCUCUUGAGAGAGACACAAUUCAAGUUUGUUUCGGAAGCAUGCCCGUCUCGUCACACUGCUACUCUGUGGAAGGCCCAUCUGCUUGAGCUUAAACAGUAGUACACAGUUUUCUGCUUAUGUGCCCCAACCCACUGCCUCCAAAUCAAGCAGACUUUGUUCAAUUUGGAAGCCAGAGGACCUGAGCCAAAUGCACACCAUCCUCUGAUGGCCUCCCAACCAAUGUGCCUGUUUCUCUUCCUUUGUGGGAAGAAAGAGUGUUACACAGAACAAUUAAAAUCUACCUUGACUAGAUUGGGGGAGGCAGCACCUAAACAUGUAGAAUAGGACUGGAUUACUAAGCAUGGCAUUGUCUGAUGAUCUAAGCUGCCCAUGUCAUUCAUUUCCAGGCAAGGAUUAAUAAUUCUCUCACACUAGCAUCUGUGCUAGUAGUGCAAGUUGCAAGUCUCUUAACAUGCCCAGGAAGAGAGCCAUUGCCCAAGUGGUAACUCCUCUCCAUCCCCUGCUCCAGCCCAUCACUGCAUGUCCCUCCCAAAAAGUCCAGAAUGCCUGCAAAUUGCUGUAAUUUUAUACCAUGUUCUAAUCAAUAAAUAGAAUUAUUUCUUA